AUGAAGUCCGGUCAGGCUGAAAUCGUGGAAAUAAGCAAAGGUAUUCAAAAGAGCGGUCUGACGAGCAGACGGAUUGCGAUUCUUGAGUUUAUACUCAGGAUUGUUGCAUUCUUCAACACCAUAAGUAGUGCAAUCCUCAUGGGAACCACAAAUGAAACUCUUCCUUUCUUUACUCAAUUCAUACGGUUCCGAGCCGAAUACAGCGAUCUUCCAGCCUUAACGUUCUUUGUGGUUGCAAAUGCUGUUGUGAGUGGUUACCUUAUCUUGUCUCUAGCUUUGGCCUUCAUCCACAUCGUCAAGAGCAAGACUCAGAACAGUAGAAUCCUUCUUAUCAUCCUUGAUGUGGCAAUGUUGGGUCUUUUAACUGCUGGAGCAUCCUCAGCAGCAGCCAUUGUCUACUUAGCACACAACGGGAACAACAAAACAAACUGGUUUUCUAUUUGUCAACAGUUCAACUCCUUCUGUGAGCGUAUCUCCGGGUCUUUGAUUGGAUCUUUCAUCGGUGUUGUCCUCCUCAUUCUUCUCAUUCUCCUAUCAGCGAUUGCUCUUUCCCGACGUCAUUGA